AUGAAGACUUUUUCAGACUUCACCGAGAGUCAGGACUCAGAGCUCAGGUCAGAAAAUGGUGCGACAAUAUCUGAGAUAAGAAGUAAGAAGGUUUCUCAUAACAACCUCUGUACACUAAGAUUAAAAGAUAUCAGUAACAUACUAGCUUGUGAACUCGAAGUAGAAGUUAAAAGUAAUGAUAUAGUACUGCUUGUCCUUGACAAGCUUAAACAACGAAAUGAGCUUAAAGAGAUGAGAAGAGGAGGACUAUGA